AUGCGCUCGCCCUCCGACAACGCCUCCGAGGCCUCGUCUCUGAUUUCCCACAGUUCUGGGCCGUCAACAUACGGCGUCGCACCCGGGCAGCCUUCGGAACCUUCACGCAAGAAGAUCAUCUUCAACGCUGGCGUAAAGAUGGCUGUCAUAUUUAUUGUCGGCUGCGCUAUCCUUGGUGGUACUCUCUGGCUGGCUUUGCCGCGGUUAGAAGAGAUGGACCGAGACAAGCUUCGGAUUCCCAAGUCCUUUGAGCAGCUCAAGGACUUGAACGACCUCCUGAAGAAGUACCGGGACAUCUACCCGUUCCAGAUAUUCGUCUGCUUCGUCGUCACCUACCUCUUCCUGCAACUAUUCUCGCUGCCCGGGUCGAUGUACAUGUCCAUCCUCGGCGGUGCGGUGUGGGGUGUCGCACGCGCCCUACCACUAUGUUGCGCGUGCGUGGCGACGGGCUCAUCGCUCUGCUACCUCCUCUCGUCGGCACUCGGGCCGGCGCUCUUGACACUACCAGCCAUCAAGACCCGCAUGGAGUCGUUCUCAGGACAGGUCUCGCGCCAACGCGCGAACAUUAUUCCCUUCCUCAUCGUCCUCCGCAUCGCCCCUUUGCCACCACACUGGGUCGUCAACAUGCUCUGCCCGCAUCUCGGCAUCGGAUUGCCGACCUUCUGGCUCAGCACGUUCCUCGGCAUCUUCGGUGUUACUGUCAUCCACACUACCAUCGGCUCCGGACUCGACGACAUGACGAGCGCCGGCGACUUCCAUCUUAUCUCGUGGAGGAACUUCUUCCUGCUCGCGGCGGUGGUCUGUGGCGCGCUUAUUCCCGUCGGCAUCCGAUACUUCUUCGCACGCGAAGUUCAGGCCGCUGGUGACGUCGAGGACCAAGCAACACCCAUCCGCUUGCCAGGCGAGGACGACGCGCUACUGGCCUCCGGUGCACCAGUCGAUGGCGCCGAUGGUGCAAGCAAGAAGUCACCGAUUAUCCCUGUGGCCCCGCCCCGCUUCGUGCCAAGCGAUAGUGAAAGCGAGUUCGAGAGCGACAUGGACGAGGAUGUGAUCCUCGAGGCAGGGCCCGCACUGGUUCUCAAGCCAGAGGACGAACGUGCACCUGUAGCAUCGACGUCGUCGUCACCCACACCAUCAUCAUCACGGUCUUCGUCGUCUGUAUCAUGA